AAAAAAAUGGACGCAAUAAUGAAGUGUGAGUUCUGCCAAGAAUUGUUUGAAAGAACGGGAAAUCGGGAGCCAAAGAUGCUUCCGUGUCAACACACGUUUUGUAAAAGAUGCGUCAAUAAAAUUGUGGAUUCAGAAGGAACUGUUUGCCCAACUUGUCAAGUGACUCAUACCGACAUAACGAGUCCACAGAGCAGCUCCAUCAAGAAUAACCUCGCCAUCUUUCGUAUACUCAACGCUAAACGUGCUGGACAGGUUGAAGUUGAAGAUGACGAAAACAGAAGCCUGUUCUCAUAUGGUGGAGAAAUCGUGAAAAUCUACAUAAUCAACGUCAUGCUUUGGGCUGUUCGUACAGUAAACCACACGGCACCUUUCUCUCUUCAGUUCAGAUACAAAUCCGUGGGGGAUUUCGUUUGGGAAAUGGCAAAAAUGCCGGUCGCGGUUUUCUUAAAAUCAGAAAUGCAUCAAGACGAGAUCGAAUACGGUUACUUAUUCUGGGGGCUAGCGAUUGUGAUUGUGGCUGUAGUAAACUACACGUGGCCUACUGUACAGAAAGCAGCGUUAUACCUGUUACGUGCACCCGUAUGGAAAGCUGGCUUAACUGCCCUACUGAUUUCGAUUCCCUUCGUGUUACAAUCCCCAGCCUUUAGAAGCAGGGUCGCAACACUAUUUCCAAAAUAGUCUCGCUCGAUUAUUUCCGCUAAUUACUUCGUUAUUUUUAAUCAGUAAUUAGGCUUUUACUUUUUUAUUGUCGCCUUCCAAUAUAUAAAGUGUCCAUAAAGUCUUUUUACAAUUUCAAUUUUAGGUGUUCCCGAAGUAUGUACACCAAGAUGGCGCACAACCUGAACAUAGUAUUGUACUAGGUUAGGGUUAAGGUUGUGCGCCAUCUUGGUGCACACACUUCCGGAUUGCCCAAUUAUGUCAUGAAGUCAGUUUUUAAUAUAUCUUAACCAUUUUUUUUUAAAUCAGUAAUUGUUCAAAUAUUUUUACUUCAUUUAAUACAUCUAUGAGGGCCAAAACAAUAUAUGGUAUCUGAAAAUACCUGGUUGCAAUUUGCGAAUAUUUUAAAAUUUUAAGACUUCAUGGACACCUUCAUAUCCAACCUUUUUUCGGUUUUACUUUGGUAUGCGAUCUAACCAAUUGUGUAAUUUCCGUGCUUCUAGGUAAAGUUAGGAUGUAAAUUCUAUGUCUUCAUGGGAUCAAAUGCAUAUCCAAGUGACACGAACGUAAGCUUGAGCUUCCCUAUAUCAGUGCUUGUCGAACUUUUAAGUCACGCCUCUUUUUAGAAUUUACCAAGUCUCGAGCCCCACCUCAAAAAUAACUCGCUAACAAUAAGCAACAGGUGACAGAUAGUAAGGCAAAAGUAUGUUUUAUUCAAAAACACGUUGAAAAUACGUGGAUGGAGCGUAAAUAUUUAAAAUAAACCUGGCAAAAUUAAACCUAACAAAUAUUUCUAUUUAGCUCCACGCCCCUCAAAAAUUGGCCACGCCCUCCUCGUGGGGCCCGACCCAUCGUUUGAGAACCACUGUUCUAUAUGAAGUACUGUACUAGAAAUAGUAACUGACUUAUAUCAUUAUAUUUUUCGUGUUUUUGAAAUGUAUUUUAUAAAGUUUUGUGGGCUUGAUAUU